AUGGUUUCCGUCAGAAAGAGAAAGAUGAACAGAUCCUCUGUUGGGAAGAACACAAGAAGAGUGAAGGAUAAGAGAAGAAAGAUCAAUAUCAAGUCUAAUCCUAUUAUUGCUGCUAAUUGGGAUUACUCUUUGACUAUGAAACAGAACUAUAAAAUUCUGGGUUUGAGAGCGAAAUUACAAGCACCAACAGGUGGUCAAGAAGUCGAUUAUAGUCAAAUUAAAGAAAAGGUCCCAGUAUCAUCUACAGUUGAAGAUGGUAGUGAUGAAGAUGAUGACUUGAAUGAAGAUGAGAGUGAAGAGGACCAAGAGGGCGAUGAUGAUAAGUCAGACGAAGAGUUUGAUGAGAAUAAGAUUCCAGAAGGUGAAGCCAGAAUACAGCGUGAUUCUGAAGGUAACGUCGUUAAGGUUGUGUAUGGAAAAUUAAAAAAAUUUGAUAUCGAUGAAGAUGUAGAAGUUUUGAGAAAACAUGCAGCAGAAGAAGAAGAGGAAAAUAAGACAGAUGUUGUGAGAGAAUUAGAACGUUAUGCAGCCAGACCUGAGGUCACCGAUAUCAGAAUUCAAAGUGAGAGAGAAGAAGCUUGGUUAGAGAGAAUGUACAAGAAGCAUGGUAAUAAUUAUAAGAAGAUGUUUUUUGAUAAAAAAUUGAAUAUCUAUCAACAGUCUAUUGGUGACAUAAAGAAAAGAAUGAAUAUAUGGAAGAAGAACCAUAAUAUUGAAGAAGAUAAUUAA